ACAGCUAAGGUUGGGAUGUGUUAAUGCCAGAAAGCACAAUAGACACAUUACAAAUACUUAAUAAUUUUAUCAGGCACACUCGUGGCUACCUCAGGCAGGGGUUUGUGAAAGUAAUUUAUAGCCUGUGAACAUGUUUUGUUUCUCCUAUGUUGAGGCCGUGGAGGAGAGUCGAAGUUCAAUAGCUUCAGUGUCUGUCAGAUAUGGUUCUGUGCUGUGAUAGUUGCUUAGAUGCAGUAAGAGUUCGGAGGGAGGGUGAGUAUUUUGGGAAGAGAGCUAAAUCUGAGGUGCGGUCUCCAGCGCCGAGCGUCCGUCGCCAUGCCUCGGAAAAUUGAGGAAAUCAAGGACUUUCUGCUCACAGCCCGGCGGAAGGAUGCCAAAUCUGUCAAGAUCAGGAAGAGCAAGGAUAAUGUGAAGUUCAAGGUUCGCUGCAGCAGGUACCUUUACAUCCUGGUCUUCACAGACAAGGAGAAGGCUGAGAAACUGAAACAGUCCCUGCCCCCUGGUUUGGCAGUGAAGGAGCUGAAAUGAACCAGACCUCUCUGUUUUGACCAUUAAAACCCCUGAAAAGUCAAAAAAA